AUGUCCCGUCCUCAAGUUUCCGUCAUUUCCGCCACUGGUGAGAAGACCAACACCCAGUUGUCUACCCCAGCUGUUUUCGCUGCUCCAAUCAGAGCUGACAUUGUUCAAUCUGUUUUCACCAGAGUUAACAAGAACAAGAGACAAGCUUACGCUGUCUCCGAGAAGGCUGGUCACCAAACCUCCGCUGAGUCCUGGGGUACUGGUCGUGCUGUUGCCAGAAUUCCAAGAGUUGGUGGUGGUGGUACCCACCGUGCCGGCCAAGCUGCUUUCGGUAACAUGUGUAGAGGUGGUCGUAUGUUCGCUCCAACCAAGGUCUGGAGAAGAUGGCACGUCAAGGUGAACCAGAACGAGAAGCGUUACGCUACCGCUUCUGCUAUCGCUGCUUCUGGUGUCACCUCUUUGGUUUUGGCUAGAGGUCACAGAGUCGAGCAAGUCGAGGAGUUGCCAUUGGUUGUCUCCAACGACUUCGAGUCUGUCACCAAGACUAAGGACGCUGUUGCUGUCUUGAAGGCUGUCGGUGCCAACAAGGACAUUGUCAGAGUCCUCAAGUCUAAGAAGUUGAGAGCUGGUAAGGGUAAGUUGAGAAACAGAAGAUUCACCCAAAAGAAGGGUCCAUUGGUUGUCUACGCUAACGACAACGGUAUCACCAAGGCUUUGAGAAACAUCCCAGGUGUUGAUGCUGCUCACGUCUCCAGAUUGGGUCUUUUGCAAUUGGCUCCUGGUGCUCACUUGGGUAGAUUCGUUAUCUGGACCCAAGGUGCUUUCGAGGCUUUGGACUCUGUCUACGGUUCCGAGAACACCAAGUCUUCUAAGUCUGGUUACUCUUUGCCAUCUAACAUCGUUGCUACCACCGAUGUUGGUACUUUGAUCAACUCCGCUGAGAUUCAAGCUGUUGUCUCCGCCGCUGGUCCAAAGGACACCAAGAGACCUCACGUCUUGAAGAAAAACCCAUUGAAGAACAAGCAAGUCUUGUUGAGAUUGAACCCUUACGCCAAGAUCUACUCUGAGCAAAAGCUCGGUUCCAUCAAGGUCGAGAAGUCCAAGGCUAAGCCAUCCAAGGGUGCUUUCCAAGCUCUCUUGAAGCAGUAA